AUAAAUAAAAUUCAGAUAAUUGCUAUUUCCCCCCGGGGAUCAGAGUAUUCUGAUUCUGAAAAGAAGGACCUGUGAACUGAACCACAGGGUGGCGCUGUUAAGAUUUUUUUUGUUGUUUUUCACCACUUCCUGUUUCCGGUUGUGGCGCGUUGCUGAAAAGACAUUUAAACGCAGCUGCGCUCAAAAAAAUACAACAAAACCUGAGUUCAACAGGCGGAAAACCAAACMUAUUAUAGUCGAAUAAGUCAAGAUGCCUGUAGCUGUUGGUUCGUACGGCCAGACGCAGCCCAGCUGCUUUGAUCGGGUCAAGAUGGGCUUCAUGAUGGGCUUUGCGGUGGGGAUGGCUGCUGGCGCCAUGUUCGGCACCUUUUCCUGCCUCAGGGUCGGCAUGCGUGGCCGGGAGCUGAUGGGAGGAGUGGGAAAGACCAUGCUGCAGAGCGGAGGAACGUUCGGGACCUUCAUGUCCAUCGGCAUGGGAAUCCGCUGCUGAGGGGGUCCAGGAACCGCCUCCCCCACCCUCCUCCUGUACAGCCAUGGGACUUUGUAAACACCUGCUCUCUGUCGGCUCAGUCCUGUCCUCUGACCAACUCACGCUUUGCUUUUGUCAAUAAAAUGUCAGAUUUUGUCAAAUCAA